AUUCUCAAAAUAGGACUUCUCAGUCUUGUCCAAUCCCUAGUUGAAGCUCCUCUCUAUCUCCGUCAAAUUACGGAACAAACCCCUCCCCUGCCACCACCGCAGGCAUCUCUUUUCCGAGGGGAAAAAGUCCGUACCUUUAGAAAGCCCGAUGGCUGUUGCGACCUAUGGGCAGCUGAAUCUGGACGAGUCUCCGGUAUGGGGGUCUCGGAGCGUGGAUUGCUUCGAAAAGCUGGAGCAAAUUGGAGAAGGCACUUACGGGCAAGUAUUUAUGGCUAGAGAAAAAAGAACUGGAGAAAUUGUUGCUUUAAAGAAGAUCCGUAUGGACAAUGAAAAAGAAGGGUUCCCAAUAACUGCCAUUCGGGAAAUCAAAAUUCUAAAGAAAUUACAGCAUGAAAAUGUAAUCAAGUUGAAAGAGAUUGUGACUUCCCAAGGCCCCGAAGGAGAUGAGCCGGAAAGGACAGAUAACAAUAAGUACAAGGGCAACAUUUAUAUGGUGUUUGAGUACAUGGACCAUGACUUGACUGGCCUCGCAGAUCGUCCUGGACUCAGAUUCUCGAUUCCACAAAUUAAAUGUUACAUGAAGCAGCUACUCACCGGUCUUCAUUACUGUCAUGUCAACCAAGUUCUUCAUAGGGAUAUCAAAGGUUCCAACCUUCUCAUAGAUAAUGAGGGCAACCUGAAGCUUGCUGAUUUUGGACUGGCUAGAUCCUUUUCUGGUGAUCAGAAUGCUAAUCUGACAAACCGCGUCAUUACUCUGUGGUACAGACCUCCAGAGCUGUUGCUUGGAGCCACAAAAUAUGGUCCGGCUGUUGACAUGUGGUCUGUUGGUUGUAUAUUUGCUGAGCUUUUAUAUGGGAAACCAAUCUUACCUGGGAAAAAUGAGCCUGAACAGUUGAAUAAAAUAUUUGAGCUUUGUGGAACCCCUGAUGAAAUUAACUGGCCCGGGGUUUCAAAGGUUCCAUGGUACAACAAAUUCAAGCCAGCACGGCCCAUGAAAAGACGAGUCAGAGAAACGUUCAGGCACUUUGAUCGGCAUGCUUUGGAUCUUCUGGAUAAAAUGCUGACUCUUGAUCCCUCUCAGAGGAUAUCUGCAAAGGAUGCACUGGAUGCUGAAUACUUUUGGACAGACCCUUUACCUUGUGAUCCAAAGACUCUGCCGAAGUACGAAUCAUCCCAUGAAUUCCAGACAAAGAAGAAACGACAACAGCAGCGACAACACGAGGAGAUGGCAAAAAGACAAAAGCUGCAGCACCCGCAACAGCAUACCCGCCUCCCUCCCAUCCAACCUGGACAUGCUAAUCCUCAGCACUGGAGUGGACCUAACAAUCCCAUGAACAAUGCCCAGGCCACACUCUCUGCUGGACCUAGUAAUCAUCAGUAUGUAAAGUCUCGAGGUCCUGCUGGAGGACAGGGCAGAUACCCUCCAGGAGGGAACCCCAGCGGUGGAUAUUAUCAAGACCGUGGGGGACAAGGUGGAAAUUAUAGUAGUGGCCCAUAUCCACCGCAGGGACGAGCUCCUCCCUACCCUGCAAGUGGCGUGGCUAACAGUGGUCCACGGGGAGCAAGUGGUGGGUAUGGAGUUCCUCCUAAUUACUCCCAAAGUGGUCAAUAUGGCGGUUCCAAUACUGGCAGAGGUCCAAACCAAAUGGGAGGUAACCGGAACCAGCAGUAUGGAUGGCACCAGUAGGCGUCAUAUGUACAUGCAAUGUAGAAGAGGAUGUAAUGGCUAGACAACAAUGGUCACUGGAUCAGAAAAUUUUAAAAUCGUAAUAGAAUGCUGCAAAGGAGAUAUUUUUGUUGUUGUAGGAACUUGUGACUAGAUAUGUAUAGAUGUAGCUUUUUGUCUGAGCUUACUUCUUGUGGGGUUGUCAAUUGAAACUGAUCUCAACUUAACUUGGAUUAACUAAAUUUUUAUUUUUAUUUUUUCUAA